AUGCUACUCACACGUUUCUCCAUCGUCACCAUACUAUUCAUUAUUGGUAUUCAUGGUAUCAUUCUUCUGAAAUUAGGACGAAUAAAUUUUGUACAAAAAUCAACUAUAAAUAAAACUACUCCUUAUUCAUAUUAUUUAUGUACACAAAUAUUUAAUGAAUCUGAUUUAUAUCUAACUGAAUGGAUUGAAUUUCAAUUAAAUGUAAUUGGUUUUAAAAAUAUUUGUUUGAUUAAUGUUGGAGAAAAUUUAAAUAAAACAUUAUUAUCACGUUAUUCAAUAAAUAUUAUUAAUAAAAAAGAACGACAACAAGAAUUUCAUUAUUGUUUAGCAUGUUUAAAUCAAUCAAUGAAAUCAAAUGAUCUUCUGUUUAUUCAAGAUGUCGAUGAAUUUUUAAAUGUAAGACAAGCAGAUAUUAUCUAUAAAAAUUACGAUAAAUAUGAUAAAUUUCAUUUUCAAGAAAUUCGUUAUGGAUAUAUUUAUGAUACUAAUAAAGAAAUGAUAAAUCGAUCUUUAUUAGAGACAAAUAUUUAUCGGAAACCACAUGAAGCUCUUGGGGAAUUUUCAAGUGACGAUCUUAGAAAAUUAUUUAAUUGUAAAAUACGAGAUAAAUGGUAUUCAUGUCAUGAAGGACAUGGAAAGGAAAUGAUAAAAGUUGGUAAAAUUAAACAAUUAGGUACACAUUUUCAUCAAUCAACUCCAAAGGUUAAUGGUACAGGAGAUACACUUUUUGUUCAAAUGAGACACAUUCGUCUUAAUCAUUAUGUUAUGCGAACACGUGAAGAUGGAAUACAACAAGCUAUAAAAUGGAAUAAAGGCGAAUCAAAACUGGGUCUAAUAUAUUCGAAUAAUUAUUUUAAAUUAAUUUUUGAUGAUACAAUUCAAGAUUCAAAAAGAUUACUUUAA